GAGGUUCACAGCAGCAGUAACAACAACCAGAGAAGCAGAUUCCCAGCAGCUCGGCCCUUCCAGUCCAGAUCUGCCAAGAGAACCCACCUGUGAGGUGGCCAGUGACCAGACUUUACCCCAGGAUGGGGACUAUGUCCAGAGCAGCCUGGGUCUUGGCCUAUUUGGCUGUGGCUUCUGUCGCCUCCGAGGGUGACCUCAAGGCUCCAGGACAGAGGGAGCUGAGGCCAGAGCACUUUAUGCAGCACUUUCACGAAGUUGGCUAUGCAGCACCCCCCUCUCCACCCCUAAGCCAAAGCCUCCCCAUGGAUCACCCUGAUGCCUCUCAGCAUGGCCCUCUCUUGGAGGGACAGAGUGAAGUGCAGCCCCUUCCCCCUCAGGAAGCCAUCCCUGUCCAAGAGGAAGAGAUGCCCCCUCCCCAAGUCCCUUUAGAAAAGACAGCAGACCUCCCUCACCCUCAGGAAGCCAUCCCUGCCCAAGAAGAAAACCUGCCCCCUCCUCAACUCUCUAUUGAACAGAAAGAAGUAGAGCCAGCUCUUUCACAGGCGGAAAUGAUCUUCCAACCAAAGCAGAGAGAGGGCAAGCCAGCUGCACUUGUGAGCCAAUCCCACCCAGAACCUGAGACCUGGAAUCCAGCCCAGCACUGCCAACGAGGCCGAUCCAGAGGGGGCUGGAGCCACCGGCUGGAUGGCUUCCCCCCUGGGCAGCCUUCCUCAGAUAACCUGAACCAGAUCUGCCUUCCUGACCGCCAGCAUGUGCUCUAUGGCCCCUGGAACCUACCACAGUCUGGCUACUCCCACCUUACUCGCCAGGGUGAGACCCUCAAUUUCCUGGAGACUGGAUACUCCCGCUGCUGCCGCUGCCGCAGCCAUACACAGCGCCUGGACUGUGCAAAGCUUGUGUGGGAGGAUGCAAUGACCCGGUUCUGUGAGGCCGAGUUCUCGGUCAAGACUCGAGCCCACUGGUGCUGCAAACAGCAGGGGGAGGCUCGAUUCUCCUGCUUCCAGAAGGAAGCUCCCCAGCCACAUUAUCGGCUCCGGGCCUGCCCCAACCACCAGUCUGGUAUUUCCUCGGGCCUCGAGCUGCCUUUCCCCCCUGGGGUGCCCACAUUGGACAAUGUCAAGAACAUCUGCCACCUGAGACGCUUCCGCUCUGUGCCACGAAACCUCCCUGCUACUGACCCCAUUCAAAGGCAGCUGCAGGUUCUGACCUGGCUGGAGGGGGAGUUUCAGCGCUGCUGCCGCCAGGGGGACAACCACACCUGUACAUGGAAGGCCUGGGAGGAUAGCCUCGAUCGAUACUGUGACCAAGAGCAUGCUGUAAAGACCCACCCCUACUCGUGUUGCCACUACCCUCCUAGCCCUGCUCGAGAUGAGUGCUUUGCCCGUCGGGCUCCAUAUCCCAACUAUGACCGGGACAUCCUGACCGUUGACAUCAGCCGAGUCACCCCCAAUCUCAUGGGCUACCUCUGUGGGAAACAAAGAGUUCUCACCAAGCAUAAACAGAUUCCUGGUCUGAUCCAGAACAUGACAGCCAGCUGCUGUGAACUGCCAUUUCCAGAGCAAGCCUGCUGUGCCGAAGAGGAGAAAUUAGCCUUCAUCAGUGAUCUCUGUGGUCCCCGACGUAACUUCUGGCGAGAUCCUGCCUUCUGCUGCGACCUGAAUCCUGGGGAUGAGCAGGUCAACUGCUUCAACACCAAUUAUCUGAGGAAUGUGGCUCUUGUGGCUGGAGACACUGAGAAUGCCAAGGGCCAGGGGGAGCAGGGCCCAACUGGGGGAACAAAAAUCGGCUCCACCCUUGAGCCCAAAGCAGAAUGAGUCACCCCAGAGCCUUGGAUGAGGGGAACUCCGCCCUGCCCCACCCUUCUCAGCACUCAUUAUAGUAAACACCUCUUGGAUUUGGA